GGAGUCCCAUGAUGGGCAACUCCGUGAUGGGCAAUCCCAUGAUGGGCGGCCCCAUGAUGGGCAGCCCCACAAUUGGCGGCAACUCGAGGCAAGGCACGCCUCCGCUGGUCCACGCCCUCGGAAUGCCGGGAUCAGGCAUUGGAUUUACUGGCAAGCCAGGUGCUCUCGUCGCCGCGGGGCCUGCGAGCAGCGCGGGCCCGUCCGGCGGUCUUCCAGCAAGACUGCCCGUAUCAGAAACAGGCCCGCAGCUCUUCGGACAGAGGCAGGGCACACCACCAGGCAUGCCGAAGGAGUCGCUGGCUGGGCCAAGGACAGCGUCUUCGACAUCGGGGCUCGUAGGUGAGUCUAUGGGCGUCGUAAGGUUCGAGGCGGUGCCAGGCAUGCACAGCACUCCUCUGGCCCAAGGAACUGGGAGCUCGAGCCUCUCUGUGUUCGGCCUUUCAGGUCAACAUCAACAACAUAGCAACACUGCUGUAAUAGCAACACUAGUGGCAGAGCUUCUGACCCAGGCCUCUCCUCUGCGUCUGCCUCCAGGUGCAGCAGACGAUAUUCGAAGUUCGUCUUCAAUGGCACUGUCCGCCGACGGCAGGCAUCCAGGCUUCCUUCAUGCCAACUCGGCAUCAAUGUCGCCAAGCUCCUUUAGGCUCCAUCAUGUUGGCCUGGCUUCGGGCGGUAGCUCUCCAACUGAUGCUCCGCUUGAGUUGAUUCCGCAGGAUUACUAUGGGCCACGCCAAGCUUCCUCGCCUAGCCGACGAGGUCCCCUGCAGCCUUUGCGACAGAACAGCUCAGCCGCCACAUGGCUAAAGUGA